CUUGGCCAGCCCCGCCUCCUCCCACCCCGGGAUGAGCGAAAGUGCACCUGCUUCUUUCGAGAGCGGCAGCAGCUCCACCCUUGCUAACUGCGGUGUCUCCUCGGCCAUCCCCCAGCCCGGCGCGGCCGCCAAGCCCUGGCGCAGCAAGUCCGUCAGCGUGAAGCACAGCGCCACGUCGUCCAUGCUCUCGGUCAAGCAGCCCGCGCCCGAGGCCCCCCGGCCCAGCCCCGAAGCCUUGAAGCCAGCGCCCAACACCCAGAAGUCCAUGCUGGAAAAGCUGAAACUCUUCAACAGCAAAGGGGGCUCCAAGGCAGGGGAGGGCCCGGGGUCCCGGGACACGAGCUGUGAGCGGCUGGAGAUCCUGUCCAGCGUCGAAGAGAGCGACGAGAUGGAGGCCACCGGCCGCACGCUCUCCACGGCGGGCCCCGCGGCCAGCAGCCCCAAGAUCGCACUCAAGGGCAUUGCCCAGAGAACGUUCAGCCGGGCGCUGACCACCAAGAAGAGUUCCCCGAAAGGCAACGAGAAGGAAAAGGAGAAACAGCAGCGGGAGAAGGAAAAGGAGAAAAGCAAGGACCUUGCCAAGAGAACCUCUGUGACGGAGAGGCCGGACCUCAAAGAGGGGCCCAGAGAAGACCCCAGCGGGGCAGCCGCCACCGAGAUGCCAAAAAAGUCCUCCAAGAUCGCCAGCUUCAUCCCCAAAGGGGGCAAGCUCAGCAGUGCCAAGAAGGAGGCCGUGGCCCCUUCCCUCAGUGGAAUACCAAAACCAGGCAUGAAGAGCAUGCCCGGGAAGUCCCCAAGUGCCCCUGCCCCUUCCAAGGACGGGGAGCGGAGCCGGGGUGGGAAGCCGAGCUCAGGGCUGCCCCAGCAGAAGCCCCAGCUGGACGGCAGACACUCCAGUUCCUCCUCCAGCCUGGCGUCCUCGGAAGGCAAAGGCCCCGGCGGGACCACCCUGAACCACAGCAUCAGCAGCCAGACUGUCGGCGGCUCCGUCGGGACCACCCAGACCACAGGAAGCAACACCGUCAGUGUUCAGCUACCUCAGCCCCAGCAGCAGUACAGCCACCCCAACACUGCCACGGUCGCGCCGUUCCUGUACAGGUCCCAGACAGACACCGAAGGGAAUGUUACCGCCGAGUCCAGCUCCACGGGCAUGAGCACGGAGCCCAGCCACUACUCCAAGAGUGGACAGCCUGCCCUGGAAGAACUCACCGGGGAAGACCCCGAGGCCCGGCGACUGCGGACAGUGAAGAACAUUGCCGACCUGCGGCAGAAUCUGGAGGAGACCAUGUCCAGUUUACGGGGAACUCAGGUUACACACAGCACAUUAGAAACCACAUUUGACACCAACGUCACCACGGAGGUCAGCGGGCGCAGUAUCCUCAGCUUGACGGGCAGGCCCACACCUCUGUCCUGGAGACUCGGCCAGUCCAGCCCUCGGCUCCAAGCAGGAGACGCCCCCUCCAUGGGCAACGGGUACCCGCCUCGAGCUAACGCCAGCCGGUUCAUCAACACCGAGUCGGGCCGCUACGUGUACCCUGCCCCUCUGAGGAGGCAGCUGGCGUCCAGGGGCAGCAGCGUGUGCCACGUGGACGUCUCCGACAAGGCCGGAGACGAGAUGGACCUGGAGGGCCUCAGCGUGGACGCCCCCGGCUACAUGAGCGAUGGGGACGUCCUGAGCAAGAACAUCCGGACGGAUGACAUCACCAGCGGGUAUAUGACCGAUGGCGGACUUGGCCUCUACACCCGCCGCCUGAACCGGCUCCCGGAUGGGAUGGCUGUAGUGCGGGAGACCCUGCAAAGAAACACCUCCCUGGGCCUCGGAGACGCCGACAGCUGGGAUGACAGCAGCUCCGUCAGCAGCGGGAUCAGCGACACCAUAGACAACCUCAGCACUGAUGACAUCAACACCAGCUCCUCCAUCAGCUCCUAUGCCAACACACCUGCCUCUUCUCGCAAAAACCUGGAUGUGCAGACCGACGCGGAGAAGCACUCGCAGGUGGAGAGGAACUCCCUCUGGUCGGGCGAUGAUGUCAAGAAGUCCGACGGAGGGUCAGACAGCGGCAUAAAGAUGGAGCCGGGGUCCAAGUGGCGGCGGAAUCCCUCGGACGUGUCUGAUGAGUCUGACAAAAGCACGUCGGGCAAGAAGAACCCCGUCAUCUCCCAGACGGGCUCGUGGCGGCGAGGCAUGACCGCCCAGGUGGGCAUCACCAUGCCGAGGACGAAGCCGGCUACCCCGGCGGGCACGCUCAAGACGCCGGGAACUGGAAAAACCGACGAUGCGAAGGUGUCCGAGAAAGGAAGGCUCUCUCCCAAAGCCUCCCAGGUGAAGCGCUCCCCGUCCGAUGCCGGCCGCAGCAGCGGGGACGAAUCCAAAAAGCCCCUCCCCGGCAGCGCCAGGACGCCCACUGCCAAUGCCAACAGCUUUGGGUUCAAGAAGCAGAGUGGCUCGGCCGCCGGUCUGGCCAUGAUCACAGCCAGCGGGGCCACCGUCACCAGCAGGUCAGCCACCCUGGGCAAAAUCCCAAAGUCAUCGGCGCUUGUGGGUCGGUCCACUGGCCGGAAGACGAGCAUGGACGGGGCUCAGAACCAGGACGACGGGUACCUGUCCCUCAGCUCCCGGACAAACUUGCAGUACCGGAGUUUGCCACGGCCCAGUAAGUCCACCAGCCGCAACGGGGCUGGGAACAGGUCUAGUACCAGCAGCAUCGAUUCCAACAUCAGCAGCAAGUCCGCAGGCCUGCCGGUGCCCAAGCUGAGGGAGCCUUGCAAAACGGCCCUGGGCAGCUCUCUGCCGGGUCUGGUCAACCAGACAGACAAAGAGAAAGGCAUCUCGUCCGACAACGAGAGCGUGGCUUCCUGCAACUCAGUGAAGGUGAACCCAGCGGCCCAGCCUGUGUCCAGUGCGGCUCAGGCCACCCUCCAGCCGGGCGCCAAGUACCCUGACGUGGCCUCUCCCACGCUCCGCAGACUCUUUGGUGGGAAGCCUAGCAAGCAAGUGCCCAUGGCCACAGCUGAAAACAUGAAAAACGCGGUGGUCCUCUCCAAUCCUCAUGCCACCUUGACCCAGCCAGGUAACUUAGAGUCCCCCUCGGGCAGUGGCGCCCUGAGCAGCGGGAGCAGCAGUCCGCUCUACAGUAAGAAUGUGGACAUCAACCCGUCUCCGCUAGCCUCCAGCCCCAGCUCAGCACACUCAGGCCCCUCCAACAGCCUCACCUGGGGCACCAACGCCAGCAGCUCCUCAGCAGUUAGCAAGGGCUUCCAGUCCGUCAGCAGCCUGCACACCAGCUGUGAGUCCAUCGACAUCUCCCUCAGCAGUGGCGGGGGGCCGAGCCACAACUCCUCCUCGGGCCUCCUCGCCUCCUCUAAGGACGACUCCCUGGCUCCCUUUGUGCGAACCAACAGUGUGAAGACCACACUGUCCGAAAGCCCUCUCUCCUCCCCUGCCGCUAGCCCUAAGUUCUGCAGAAGUACUUUGCCCAGGAAACAGGACAGGUACACCCCCACCUCCCAGCUCCGCACACAAGAAGACGCAAAAGAAUGGUUACGGUCCCACUCUGCAGGAGGCCUGCAGGACACAGCUGCCAAUUCCCCUUUCUCCUCUGGCUCCAGCGUCACUUCUCCCUCCGGAACGAGGUUCAACUUCUCUCAGCUUGCGAGUCCCACCACUGUCACCCAGAUGAGCUUGUCCAACCCGACCAUGCUGAGGACACACAGCCUCUCCAAUGCCGAUGGGCAGUAUGACCCGUACACCGACAGCCGCUUCCGGAACAGCUCCAUGUCCCUGGAUGAGAAGAGCAGAACCAUGAGCCGCUCGGGCUCCUUCCGGGAUGGGUUUGAAGAAGUUCAUGGAUCCUCGCUCUCCUUGGUUUCCAGUACAUCGUCCAUUUAUUCAACACCAGAAGAAAAAUGCCAGUCAGAGAUUCGCAAACUGCGGCGGGAGCUGGAUGCCUCCCAGGAAAAGGUUUCCGCUUUGACCACCCAGCUGACAGCAAAUGCUCACCUUGUGGCAGCCUUUGAACAGAGUCUUGGAAACAUGACAAUCAGGCUCCAGAGUUUGACCAUGACGGCUGAGCAGAAGGAUUCCGAACUGAAUGAGUUAAGAAAAACCAUUGAGUUGCUAAAGAAACAGAAUGCAGCUGCUCAGGCUGCCAUUAAUGGAGUAAUUAACACUCCGGAGCUCAACUGCAAAGGAAAUGGUACCUCCCAGUCUGCAGACCUCCGCAUCCGCAGGCAGCACUCCUCCGACAGCGUGUCCAGCAUCAAUAGCGCCACCAGCCACUCCAGCGUGGGCAGCAACAUAGAAAGCGAUUCAAAGAAAAAGAAGAGAAAGAAUUGGGUCAAUGAGUUACGCAGCUCCUUCAAGCAAGCGUUCGGGAAGAAGAAGUCCCCCAAGUCGGCGUCCUCUCAUUCAGACAUCGAGGAGAUGACGGACUCUUCUUUGCCUUCCUCACCAAAGUUACCGCACAACGGCUCCUCGGGUUCCACGCCACUGCUCAGGACCUCCCACUCCAACUCCCUCAUUUCGGAGUGCAUGGAUAGUGAGGCAGAGACGGUCAUGCAGCUCCGGAAUGAGCUGAGAGACAAAGAGAUGAAACUGACGGACAUCCGCCUUGAAGCCCUCAGCUCUGCACACCAGCUCGACCAACUCCGGGAGGCCAUGAACAGGAUGCAGAGUGAAAUAGAGAAGCUGAAAGCUGAGAAUGACCGGCUAAAGUCAGAGUCUCAAGGCAGCGGCUGCAGCCGGGCACCCUCCCAGGUGUCCCUCUCGGCCUCCCCGAGGCAGUCCAUGGGCCUCUCCCAGCACAGCCUGAACCUCACUGAGUCAACCAGCCUGGACAUGUUGCUGGAUGACACUGGUGAAUGCUCGGCUCGGAAGGAAGGAGGCAGGCAUGUUAAGAUAGUUGUCAGCUUUCAGGAGGAAAUGAAGUGGAAGGAGGAUUCCAGGCCACACAUCUUUCUUAUUGGCUGCAUUGGAGUGAGUGGCAAGACGAAGUGGGAUGUGCUCGAUGGGGUGGUUAGACGGCUGUUCAAAGAAUACAUCAUUCACGUCGACCCAGUGAGUCAGCUCGGGCUGAAUUCGGACAGUGUGCUGGGCUACAGCAUCGGGGAAGUCAAGCGCAGCAACACCUCCGAGACCCCCGAGCUGCUGCCCUGUGGCUACCUGGUGGGAGAGAACACCACCAUCUCCGUGACCGUCAAAGGGCUCGCAGAGAACAGCCUGGACUCGCUGGCUUUCGAGUCCCUGAUCCCCAAGCCCAUCCUGCAGCGCUACGUCUCCCUGCUGGUGGAGCACCGGCGCAUCAUUCUCUCCGGCCCCAGCGGCACCGGGAAGACGUACCUGGCCAACCGGCUGUCCGAGUACCUGGUGCUUCGGGAGGGACGAGAGCUGACAGACGGGGUCAUCGCCACCUUCAACGUGGACCACAAGUCCAGCAAGGAAUUGCGCCAGUACCUGUCCAACCUUGCCGACCAGUGCGCCAGUGAGAACAACGCUGCGGACAUGCCUCUCGUCAUCAUCCUGGACAACCUGCACCAUGUCAGCUCCCUGGGCGAGAUCUUCAAUGGGCUGCUCAGCUGCAAGGACCACAGAUGCCCUUACAUAAUUGGCACAAUGAACCAGGCUACCUCUUCCACUCCCAACCUGCAGCUCCAUCACAACUUCAGGUGGGUGCUUUGUGCCAACCACACGGAGCCCGUGAAGGGUUUCCUUGGCCGGUUCCUGAGGCGGAAGCUCAUGGAGACGGAGAUCAGUGGGCGGGUGCGGAAUGUGGAGCUGGUGAAAAUCAUCGACUGGAUUCCCAAGGUCUGGCAUCACCUCAACCGCUUCCUGGAGGCUCACAGCUCCUCAGACGUCACCAUAGGCCCCCGGCUCUUCCUGUCAUGCCCCAUCGACGUGGAUGGCUCCAGGGUGUGGUUCACCGACUUGUGGAACUACUCAAUUAUCCCCUAUCUCCUGGAAGCCGUCAGGGAAGGACUCCAGCUCUACGGAAGGCGGGCCCCCUGGGAGGACCCUGCCAAGUGGGUGAUGGACACCUACCCCUGGGCGGCCAGCCCGCAGCAACACGAGUGGCCUCCCCUGCUGCAGCUCCGGCCCGAGGAUGUCGGCUUCGACGGCUACUCUCUGCCUCGGGAGGGCUCGGCCAGCAAGCAGAUGCCCCCCAGCGACGCUGAAGGAGACCCGCUGAUGAACAUGCUGAUGAGGCUGCAGGAGGCAGCCAACUACUCCAGUCCCCAGAGCUACGACAGCGACUCCAACAGCAACAGCCAUCACGACGACAUCCUGGACUCGUCCCUGGAGUCAACUCUGUGACAGGGUCCGGCCAUGGAGUCUGCCCACCUCCUCCUCGCCUCGCCCCACUGCGCCUCCUUCCUCUGCACCAUCCUGAAGAUGCCCUCCUGAGCCAGCCCAGCCGCAGCAUGAGCGCUGCAGGAACACCAAGCCCCCGGUCCUCCACCCAGACCUGGGUGCAGCCAUCCCAGGCCAGCCCCCUGGGACUGCUUCCUUCCACAGUGAGAACUGCACUAUCUUCGGUUUCAUUUAAAUCAUUGCUCUUGCCUUGUUGCUGUGACCUCCCCAAGUCACUGAAGAUACUUCUCGGGAAAGGACCAUCACC